GCGGAGCGGAGAAUAAAACGCCCAACAGCAGAGCUCAAAAUAAGAAACAAGUGCAGCAGCUCAGCUAUUUUCCGUUCAGUGUUGAUAAUUUAUUUGUUUAACUUUAAUUAAUUCGAUUGUUGGAGAGUCAUGUUGUACUAUGAAGAGUUAUUUACACGCUCGUCGUGUUUAAACUGUAGAUACGAAAUAUCCGGGUUGGGAGUCGAAUGUUCAGAAUGCCAACCCCAAGGUGCACCUUUUCGUCUUUGUGCUGAGUGUUUCGCUUCAGGAACAGAAAUUGGGUCGCACAAAAAAGAACACCCAUAUCGAUACUUUGACUCAGGAAGCUUAGCACUAUUUCCAGGAUCUCGCCAGGACAUUUCCUCCUCCAAGGAAAACAAUUCCUCCUCCACCACGAACGCACCCACCACGUCAAAUAGAUGGUCCGCCAGAGAGGAGAUUCGGCUUCUUGAUGCCAUUGAGCAAUACGGGUUCGGAAAUUGGCAAGACAUAUCGAAACACAUCGAGUCGAGGGGUGCCAUUGAAGCAAAGGAAGAAUUUGUUCAUCGUCAUGUUGAUGGAAAUGUGGGAAAAGUUUCUUGGGCGGAGAGCAAUAAUUCUUCUGCUGAGAACAAAUGGAGUUCUGAGUUCAAAGGAAGUGUUGGAAUAUUUCCACAACCAAUUGACCACACAUCUCCAGGGGAUGAAGGGCCUCUGUCGCCCAGCUUAACUCAGAGACUGCCACCGCUAGACAUUAGUUCGGAUGAAAUGUUGCAACUGGGUUAUAUGCCUUUUAGAGAUGACUACGAGAAGGAAUACGACAACGAAGCUGAAAAAUUGGUCUCUCAACUAAAUUUCACACCCGAAGAUGAUGAAUUAGAAAUUGGUUUAAAGCUUGCCCUCGUGGAUUUGUACUCUGCGCGAUUGAGGGAGCGUGCUAGAAGGAAACGAGUCAUUCGCGAUUAUCAACUAGUCUGCAAGUUCUUCAAAAAGGACAGGGCCAAGAAGGCGGCUGGCAUUGGUGCUCUAAAUUCGGAUGCAGAUGGUACUGAACCUGGUGGUGGAAAUAAGGAAACUGUCAAGAAAUUUCAAAUUUCUGAAAAACAACUUCAAGAAAAGUUCCGUCCCUUUUCUCAAUUCUACAACUCUCGAGAAUUUGACAACUUGGCUCGAAACUUGGUGAAGGAGAAAGAUCUCCGUCUUCGACUCUCAGAAUUGUUCAAAUACCGAAAUGUGGGGAUUACUCGAGGUGAAGAAUGCAUUGAAUUUGAACGUAGCCGAGGACCAUCGGGGCAAGGAAAUGGGUUGCGAAAGAGACCUGCUGCAUCCGCCGGAUUAGGAACUGUUGAGGAGGAGGACGACGAGGACAGAGGUCACAAGAAGGGGUUGAUGAUGACUCAGAGUCCGGCUCUGAUUCAACAACUUCUACAACAACAAACUCCAAACCCGACCCGGUUGGAGUUGGGAAACGAAGAAAACGUCGACGAAAACGCCUCUGUCACCCCAAAUCCCAUUCUGCAGUUGUCCUCCAAAGGCGGCUUCAACUUAAGAAGCUCGGAAUCAAACGGAUUGGAAGUUGCUUUAUUACCCCAAAUGCCACAGGAAGGGGUAACAGUGCCAGCACCGGGUCAACCACUACAAAAGGGAGGCUUAUCCCUACUAAGCGAGCAACUAAGGGGCACGGGAGACCUAUUUAUUGCUGAUAAAUAUAUUCCCGGAAUUGAUGUCGUAACUACAGCAGAAUUAGAUCUAUGUACCAAAAUUAACCUUUAUCCGUCACAAUUUCUCUCUAUUAAACUCGCAUUUAUGUUGGGCCAACUGACAAAUGCAGAAAAUAAUAAUUCAAAUCCUGAUGAAAACUCAUACGCGGGUCCUCCAAGUUUAACUUCAGCCGAGUGGAAUUUACUGCUCCCGUUCUUACUAUCAUCACAAUAGUAGUUUGCAUUACGCGUAUUUACAAUUUUUGUGCUCAUAUGUUACCUCACUGGUAUUAGUUUUAAAUGUUCAAAUGUUAAAUCUCAAUUUUAUAUCCACAUUUUAUACUUAAAUAUGUAUAGUAAGUAUGGUUGGAAAUAAAGUUACUAUACAAAUUUCGUAUACUAAACA